AUUUAACUGAUAUAAAUUCUUAAAUUCAAGGCUUCUGAGUUCCUCGUCUCGUCUCACCUGUUAGUUUUUUUUUGUUUUAAUUAAUCGGCUGCGCCCUCAUCAGCUUAUUCUAAUCAAGUCUAUAAAUACAAUAACACUUCCCCAUUGCCAUUAUCAGCAUCAUCAAACAUGGCACCCACUUCUCUGUUGUCAUUCUCAUCCCCCUCAACUUCUCUUCUUUUUCAUCCAUUAACCACCUACGAUGCUCCCUCCGCCUCCAGACUCCACCUUAUUCCGUCCUCUAAAAGGCCAUCUACCACCGGAGUUUUCGCCGCCAGAAAAGAGGCACAUGACCAGAAAUACAGUGGCCGGCUGGUGGACGUCAACCUGAUUGUUCUUAGGAAAAGAAUUCAUGAGAUGAAGAUGGUGGAGAGGAACUAUGAGCCUCCUUCUCAUUGGAUGGAUUGGGAGAAGCGUUGUUUUACUAGCUAUGAUUCUUUCAUUUGUGAAAUGAUGGGUGGUUUGCAAUAUCAGUUGAUGAACACAAGGCCUAGCUUUGCUUUGGGGCUUAUCUCUUUGGUAGCUUUGAGUGUUCCCAUCUCAUCGGCUUUUGUGUUUUCCAAUUUUUUGGAAUUCACUAAGAUUGUGUUUGAUGGAAUUCUCCUUAGUUAAUUGGUUUUGUAAAUUUAUGCUUUC